AUGUUGGGUCGCCAUGUUGGGUCGCCAUGUUGGGUCGCCAUGUUGGGUCGCCAUGUUGGAAUCCCCCGUCGCCUCGCCCGUCAUUCCGAGAAUCCCCCGUCGCCUCGCCCAAGCGAGUCCGAGAAUCCCCCGUCGCCUCGCCCGAAUCAGUCCGAGAAUCCCCCGUCGCCUCGCCCGAAUCAGUCCGAGAAUCCACCCGUCGCCUCGCCCGAAUCAGUCCGAGAAUCCACCGUCGCCUCCCCGAUCAGUCCCCAAAUCCCCCGUCGUCCCUCGCCCGAAUCGUCCAGAAUCCACCGUCGCCUCCCCGAAACAGUCCCAGAAUCCCCCGUCGCCUCCCCGAAUCAGUCCGAAAUCCCCCCGUCGCCCGCCCCAAUCAGUCCGGAAUCCCCGUCGCCCGCCCGAAUAGUCCGAGAACCCCCUCGCCUCCCCAAACGUCCGAGAAUCCCCCCUCGCCUCGCCCUCGGGCCGAGAAUCCCCGUCGACUCGCCACAAUCAUUCCCAGAAUCCCCCGUCGACUCGCCCCCAAUCAGUCCGAGAAUCCCCCCUCGCCUCGCCCAAGCGGUCCGAAAUCCACCGUCGCCUGCCCAAAACAGUCGAAAUCCCCCUCGCCUCCCCAAUCGUCCGGAAAACCCCGCCUCGGAUCAUCCGAGAAUCCCCGUUUGGGCCCCGCCCAAUCGUCCGAGAAUCCCCCGUCGCCUCCCCCAAACGGUCCGGAAUCCCACCCUCGCCCCCGCCCGAAAACAGUCCAAAAUCCCCCCUCGCCUCGCCCGAAACAGUCCGAGAAUCCACCGUCGCCUCUCGCCCGCAGUCCGGAAUCCCCGUCGCUCGCCCGAAUAG